AUGUCCACCACCGUGCUCGAAAUCACCGGCAUCCCUCCUCCACCGGGCUCCACCGCCGAGCUAACCCUUCCCCUAUGCUUCUUCGACAUCGUGUGGCUGCCUUUCCACCCCAUCCGCCGCCUCAUCUUCUACAACCACCCUUGCACCGAGGCCGAAUUCUCCUCCACCAUCGUUCCAAACCUCAAACACUCUCUCUCUCGCACCCUCCAACACUUUACCCCCGUCGCCGGCAACCUCCUCUUCCCUCUCGACACCGAAAAAUCCCGCCCCUUCAUCCGCUACGUCCCCGGCGACGCCGCUCCCCUCACGAUCGCCGUCUCCCUCUGCGACUUCGAUGAAGUCACCGGAAGCCACGCUCGAGACUCCGAUCAGUUUUACGAUUUCACCCCGCGAAUGCCGCCGUUUGUCGAGGAGGAAAAUUACAAAAUUGCCCCUCUCAUCGCCCUCCAGGUUACGCUCUUCCCCGGGCGCGGCAUCUGCGUCGGGGUGAGCAAUCACCACUGCCUCGGCGAUGCGAGGUCCGUGUUCCGAUUCUUCUCGGCCUGGGCCGAGACGAAUCAAAGCGGCGGGGACGAAUGGUUUCUAAACUGCUCAUCGCCACCGCUCUUUGAUAGAUCUGUAUUUGGAGAUAUCAAGGGCAUAAGCGAAAAUUUAUGGAGUAAUAUGAGGAAUAUACCUUUGACUCUGUCAAGUUCGCCUGUGCCUACUAACCGAGUCAGGGGCGCGUUCAGACUCCAUCAGUCCGAUAUUAAAAAACUCAAGGAUAUUGUUAUGUCGAAAAAACCCGGCCUAGUUUACAUCUCUACUUUCGCCGUCACGGUGGCGUACACGUGGAGUGUCGUGGUGAAAUCCGCGGCCGCCGCCGGGGAGGGGGCAGACGAGGAUGCGACCGAGGUGCUCCUCUUGCCGGCGGACGGAAGGGGGCGGCCGAACGCGCUAGUUGACCCGCCAGUGCCGGUGAAUUACUUCGGGAAUUGCUUGGGCGGCGGGGCUGCGACGGUGGAGCAUAAGAAGUUGGUGGCGGAGGAAGGAUUUGUGGCGGCGGCAGAGGCGAUUGCGGAUUUGAUCAAGAACCGAGUGAAUAAUAAAGAGAUUUUUUUGGGAGAUUUGGAUAGUUGGUUAUCUGAGAUGUCGAAAUUGGCGAGGUUGAGUACGUUUGGAGUUUCCGGUUCGCCGAAAUUCGAUUUGUCGAAUGCUGAUUUUGGAUGGGGAAAGGCGAGGAGGUUGGAGGUUUUGUCAAUGGAUGAGGAGAAGUAUACGAUGUCGUUGUGUAAUUCGCUGGAUUCUGAAGGCGGUUUGGUGGUCGGAACUUCGCUACCGAGGAAUAGAAUGGAAGCUUUUAUAACCAUUUUUGAAGAUGGCCUUAAAUUUUGAGAGUGUUGGUGUAAUAGCGUGAAAAUCUUGAUUAAAAGUUAAAAGUUGCAUUUUUAUUAUGUGUAUAAAUGUAUCCUUUUUAUUCUUACUUAGCAUUCAAUUGACUUGUGAAACUA